AUGCAUUCUUAUCAAAGAUUUGUUAGACAAGCAGAAGAAUACCCUAUAUCAAACAAUGAAGAUGUUCCAAAAAAGGAGAAACAGAUGAAGACGUUUUUCAGUCUCUACAAUAAUAUGGAUGAAAUCUUGGGUCAGAACAGUGAUAUACUACCUCCGCGUGUUCUCAACAGUACUGCACAUGAAUUCUGCAACAACACAGAUCAUUGCAUCCGACCUUUCAUGCGCCAUGAAACUAGAUAUAGGGUCGCGCCGGAUUAUAAAAUGGCCCACUGUGUAGUUCACAAAAGUAUGUCUACAGUCAUUACGGGAAUAAUGUGUUAUUUAUACAAUAGGGACCACUUUGUGAAGGUUGACAAGCAAAUGAACAUGUCGGAAUGGGAUAAAGCAUCACUAUGCCGAGGAGACAACACAUUCCGACACUUGAGAAGUGUUGAAAAAAGGUUCAAUGCGAGUGAAAUGGACGGAUGGAGUUUGUCAAUGAUUACACGAGACCCCAUCGACAGAUUUGUAUCUGGUUAUGUGGAUAGAUGCAUAAGAGUGGCGGAAGGACCAAGUCCAUGCAAUGGGUGCGAUAAGAAUAUGACAUGCUUCAUUUUGAGCGAGUAUGAAAGAUUCAAAAAGCAAGCCAACAAAGGGGUUCUCACAAACACUUUCGAGGAUCGACACUUUUAUCCGCAGAAUUGGAGAUGUGAUAUUAAGACGAUGAGAAACAAAUACGAGUUCAUCAGGUAUUCCAGUGAUCCAUCAAAACAACUCAUGGAAGACUUAUUCAAAAUUGCACGACGUCAGGGGAUACCAGAGAGCGAGUUGGAAUAUAUUGAAGAUGAGCUAACCAAGAACCGAAAAACGACGCAUACGACUGCUUACUCACCAGCCAGAGAGUUUUAUCAAAGGAGACCUGUUAUUCAUGAAAAUUCCACUAUGCUUGUUGCGCCGAAAUCGAGAAAUGUGAGAGAGGAGCAAAUCAGAUUAUUUGCGUUAAAUGAGAUAGUUAAAGCAAAUUCACAUGUCUCACCGCAGUAUAAAAUGGUAAAUUGUGUUGUUCAAAAGUCCAUGUCCACUAUGAUGACGGGUGCGAUGUGUUACUUAUAUAACGAAACACAAUAUGAACAAUCUGGUAGAAAUUUUGAUGAUGAGUUUAGUGGAAGAUUUUGCAAAGAUACAAACGAGUUCAAAAGUGUAACAGGAGUACGGGAAGCAUUCAAUAUUUCCUACGUAAAAACCGAUUGGAGUUUCUCGAUGGUCACCCGAGAUCCAAUUGACCGAUUUGUAUCUGGUUUUGUGGACAGAUGUGUUCGAUUACAACAGAGGAAUGGAACCACACAAUGCAAUGGUUGUGGGUUGAACAUGACUUGUUUCAUAGAAACUGAAUAUAAACAUCUGAUGGAAAUCUCAUUCAAAAGGAAGACUCAUCGGACUAUGGAAGAUGCUCACUUCUUUCCUCAAGUUUGGCAUUGUGAUCUGAAUGAAGAAGUAGAAUUUUUCGAAUUUAUUCAAUAUUCCAGUAAUGCAGAUGAUAACUUGAUGCCACAGUUUGAUGAUUUAUUGCAAAGGCAAAAGGUGCCCAGAAGAUCUCGAGACUUCAUUAGAAAUCAAUUGGUAUAUCAGAAGUCGAGUCAUUCAACAACUGGGACACCAGCAAAGAGAUUGAUGAAGUCACCGUACCUAUUGGAGUUUAUUGUCAAGAUGUUUUACUACGAUUUCCUUCAGUUUCACUAUGAAUUACCACAAGGUUUUUAG